AUGACGCUGUGCAAAUUCUUUCAGCAGGGCACCUGCCGGUUUGGAAACUCUUGCAGAUUCGAACAUCCUACCGGCGGGCAAGCGUCCUCAAACCGAUUCGGCGCUCUAGGCGGUGGCAGCAACGCCCAGUUCCAGCGCAGCUUCGAUAAAUACUCGAUCAAGCUCGAUGUGAUAGAAACCGACCUGACAACCGAGACCCCGACAUGGAUCCUUUCUGCGUACGCUCCGGGCCGCGACGCCCCCGACCAGCUUUUUGGCGGCGCCAUGCGCGAGCAAAGCUUUGAGGAGAUGCGCCUGCAUUACAUGAAAGGAAAGGCAGAAGGCAACGAACAGCGAGCGCUUGCCGAGGCCCAGGAGCUGUACCAGAAAGCACAGGCGCAGAUGCAGGCGGUUGUGUCAAACGUCAGCGAAGCCGCCAAGUAUGUCGUCGAGGGCGAGAACCGACAUCCGAACCGCUUCGAUAUCUGCCAGCAGGGCACGCAAGGCGCACCUUUUGGCGAGUUCCUCGUCGGCAAGCGGCCCAAGUCGAUAGCACCGGAGCAACCCGCGAACCCCUUUGCCUCCAAUACUAGCACCCUUGUUGCGUCUGCCAACCCAUUCGCUACGAAUAGCACCGCGACCAACGCGUCGUCUCCAUUUGGAGGCAGCGCCGCGCCCACGACGACGACGAGCGCGUUUGGACAGCCGUCCGCUCCGGGUCAAAAGCCGAAUCCAUUCGGGACGCCCGCCUUUGGACAAACGGCGCAACCAGCCCCAGGAUUUGGGGGACAGCCAGCCACGCAACCGUCUGCGUUUGGGCAACCCGCGGCGCAGCCCUCCGCGUUUGGCCAACCAGCACAGCAAAAGCCAAACCCGUUCGGCCAAGCGGCGCCAACCCAGCCCUCAGCCUUUGGGCAACCCUCGACGCUGGGGGCGAAGCCCAGUCCUUUUGGCGCUCCUGCCUUUGGUCAAACUGCGCAGGCCGGUGGCGCCCAGACAUCCGCGUUUGGCCAGCCCAGCCAACUCGGCCAAAAGCCAAAUCCUUUUGGCGGCAACGCCAAUGCUGGGCCGAGUCCCUUUGCAACAGCUGCAGCUAGCAACAACAACGCGCCGGCGAAUCCCUUUGCAGGAAACAGCAACGCCGGCCCGAGCCCAUUUGCCGCGACGUCAAACAACAAUCAACAGCCAGCUGCGAAUCCUUUCGGUGCUCCCUCGACAAACCAGCCUGUUCCAAACCCAUUCGGGAGCCAGCCGCCGACGCAAAACCAGAAUGCGAAUCCCUUUGGGCAGCCGUCCGCCACACCCGCCGCCAAUCCAUUGGGUAGCAACGCUCCAUCUUCGACGCCGGCUGGAAAUCCUUUCGCGACUGGCGGUCAGCAAGCUGGUAGUGGUGGCAACGCAGCGCCGAACCCGUUCGCGGCAGCACAAUCCAACACAAACGCAGCGCCGAACCUGUUCGCGGCAGCACAGUCAAACGCAAACGCGCCGAACCCCUUCGCCGCCGCCCCGGCCAACCAAGCCCAACCCGCGGCUGUGACGGCCGCGCAGGGUGGCAACCCGUACCCGCCUGGGAGCGCUAAGCAGCACCCCGCCGCUGAGAGCUACACUAGUAGGAAUAUGGACGGCACGCUGGCCGCGUUCAAAGGCAAGGCCGUCACUUACAACGACGGCAAGCCGGGUGUGCGCGCGUUCGACGGCACCUGGACUCGCAUCUGGUUUCCCGACGGGCCUCCCGCGUACUAUAAGGACACGGAGGCCGCCGCGUACGACCAGGCGUCCACGGCGCAGUGGAAGCAGUUUGAGCAGACGGGGAAGUUUGCGGACGGCGUGAUGCCCUCGGUGCCCCCGCCGCGAGAGUGUACUGUAUGGGACUUUUGA